ACUUUGUGGCCCAUGACGACAUCCCCUACUCGUCAGCGGGUUCCGAUGACGUCUACAAGGACAUCAAGGCGGCCGGGAUGUUUGCGCCGACUCAGCGCACCGAGGGCAUCUCCACGUCGGACAUCAUCACGCGCAUCGUGCGCGACUACGACGUGUACGUGCGGCGCAACCUACAGCGCGGGUACAGCGCCAAGGAGCUCAACGUGGGGUUCAUCAGGGAGAAGAAGUUCCACCUGCAGAACCACAUGGACAAGGUGAAGCAGAAGGUGCGCACGGUGGAGGAGCGCUCCAAGGAGCUGGUGCAGCGCGUCGAGGAGAAGGGCAUCGACCUCAUCCAGAAGUGGGAGGAGAAGUCGCGGGAGUUCAUCGGAAACUUCCUGGAGCUCUUCGGCCCCGAGGGCACGCUGAAGCACAUGCUGCAGGAGGGCAAGGGCCGCAUGCUGCAGGCCAUCAGCCCCGGCAGCAGCCCGGCGCGCGAGCGCUCCCCGUCGCCCCCGGCAACGCCCUCCCCCGGCAAGCCCCGGGCGCCGUCGCCGCAGGGCCGGGCGGCGCGCGCCGCCGCCGCCGGGGAGCGGAGGGACGGGCGGAGAGCGCAGAGGGAGAGGGAGGGCGGCAGAGCGGGGGGGUAG